AUGCACCAAGAUAUUGCGAGAGGUCAUAGUAAGAGAAGCUCGCUAGCAAAGGCGGCUUCCAGGAUGCGCGUAGCAGUGUUGCUACUGGUGUUGGUGGCGGCCGCUCUCGUCUCAGCCUCCGCUCGCCCUGAAGAAGGCGCCGUCGACCUGCGGGCGGCCGACGCCCCGCUCAGCCCCUUUGCGGAGGAAGGCCACGCGCUCACCACGGAGGUACCGCUGCAUUUGCUAACACUAACUGCCCACACACUGACUACCACAACAGAGUAUUUGCUAUUGUACCCUCCACUUCUGGUGUCAACUGAGUGCGGUAGUUGUAUUCUUGGGCUGUCUGAAGGAGUUGAUCAGCUUGUUUUCCAACUGAAACAAUCGCAGGCGAAGGCGAGAGCCGCUACCCGCGGGGGAUGCCAGGGCUUGUGGGCGUGGUCGGGGGCAGAGGCGGGGGCGCGGGCGGCCGGGCGGCGGGCGAGGACGACGGCGCUGGGGCGACCUCUUCACUCGGCCUUCGGCCACCGCUUCCGCCCACUCCACGUCCCGCCGCUCGCGCUCCUGUGCGGCACAGAGACGAAAGAGGUAACCCAUGUUGCGGCAAGGGGUUUCGAGGAUAAGCGGUUGGUACCUCAGGGAGAGCGUCCUGGCCCUAUUCUCCAAGAGGGGCUGAGCGGCCGUCGGACCGGCUGCCGUAAGGACGACGGAGGGCCUUCUUCAUUCAGGGCCGAGCCUGUGCAGCUCGAACGCCGGAGAACGGCAGCCAGCAGCAGAGGCACAGCACACACCCGCACCCGCAUCCUGCAAACACAACGCGCAAUGGCCAGCAAGCUCGUUGGGGUCCCCUCAAAAUUCAUUGCAAUUUCUCGUUCGUAA